AUCAUUUCGAGGCCAUUCUGAGGUAAACCGAGAAAAGAGCGUAAAGAAACCGAGCGAACGAGCAAAUCUGGCACUGCGUUAGACAGCCGCGAUUCCGCUGCAGCGCGCAGGCACGUGUGUGGCCGCCUAAGGGGCGGGUCCUUCGGCCAGGAGACCCCGUCGGCCACGCUCGGAUCUUCCUUUCCGAUCCGCCAUCGUGGGUGAGUGUAUGCUCUGUGGCCGCGCUCUGGCUAGUGGCGCUACGCGUCGCUCUCACGGGUGUCGUCGGAUCUAAUCCGUCUCUUUUCGAAUGCAGGUGGAGCCGCCGCCACGAUGCAGAUCUUUGUGAAGACCCUUACGGGGAAAACCAUCACGCUCGAGGUUGAACCCUCGGACACUAUAGAAAAUGUAAAGGCCAAGAUCCAGGAUAAGGAAGGAAUUCCUCCUGAUCAGCAGAGGCUGAUCUUUGCUGGUAAGCAGCUGGAAGAUGGCCGGACUUUGUCUGACUACAACAUUCAAAAGGAGUCCACCCUUCAUCUGGUGUUGAGACUUCGGGGUGGUGCUAAGAAAAGGAAGAAGAAGUCUUACACCACUCCCAAGAAGAACAAGCAUAAGAGGAAGAAGGUUAAGUUGGCUGUGCUGAAAUACUAUAAGGUGGAUGAAAAUGGCAAAAUUAGCCGACUUCGUCGAGAGUGUCCUUCUGAUGAAUGUGGUGCUGGAGUUUUCAUGGGAAGCCACUUUGACAGGCAUUACUGUGGCAAGUGUUGUCUGACUUACUGCUUCAACAAACCAGAAGACAAGUAGUUGUGUAUGCGUUAAUAAAAAGAAGGAACUCGUACUUA